CCAAGGUGUAGACUAAGAGGUGGAGUCAUGCUUCACACGGCCAUAUCAUGUUGGCAGCCAUUCCUGGGUCUGGCUGUGGUGUUACUCUUCAUGGGAUCCACCAUUGGCUGCCCUGCUCGCUGUGAGUGCUCUGCCCAGAACAAAUCCGUAAGCUGCCACAGAAGGCGGCUGAUCGCCAUCCCAGAGGGCAUUCCCAUUGAGACCAAAAUCUUGGACCUCAGCAAGAACAGGCUGAAGAGUGUCAACCCUGAAGAGUUCAUAUCCUAUCCUCUGCUGGAGGAGAUAGAUUUGAGUGACAACAUCAUCGCCAAUGUGGAGCCCGGAGCUUUUAACAAUCUCUUUAACCUUCGUUCCCUCCGCCUCAAAGGCAACCGCCUGAAACUGGUCCCUUUAGGGGUCUUCACGGGGCUAUCCAACCUCACCAAGCUGGACAUUAGUGAGAAUAAGAUUGUCAUUUUACUGGACUACAUGUUCCAGGACCUGCACAACCUGAAGUCUCUAGAGGUGGGGGACAACGAUUUGGUUUAUAUAUCACACAGGGCUUUCAGCGGACUGCUUAGCUUGGAGCAGCUCACCCUGGAGAAAUGCAACCUCACGGCAGUACCCACAGAAGCCCUUUCCCACCUCCGCAGCCUCAUUAGCCUGCAUCUGAAGCAUCUCAAUAUCAACACUAUGCCUGUGUAUGCCUUUAAACGACUGUUCCACCUGAAACAUCUAGAGAUCGACUAUUGGCCAUUACUGGAUAUGAUGCCUGCCAAUAGCCUCUACGGUCUCAACCUCACGUCCCUCUCCAUCACCAACACCAACCUGUCCACAGUCCCCUUCCUCGCCUUUAAACACCUGGUGUAUCUGACCCACCUCAACCUCUCCUACAAUCCCAUCAGCGCCAUCGAAGCCGGCAUGUUCUCGGACCUGAUCCGCCUUCAGGAGCUUCACAUAGUGGGCGCGCAGCUCCGCACCAUUGAGCCUCACUCCUUCCAAGGGCUCCGCUUCCUCCGUGUGCUCAAUGUGUCUCAGAAUCUACUGGAGACUUUGGAAGAGAACGUCUUCUCCUCCCCUAGGGCUUUGGAGGUCCUGAGCAUCAACAACAACCCCCUGGCCUGCGACUGCCGUCUCCUGUGGAUCCUGCAGCGGCACCCCACGCUGCAGUUCGGGGGCCAGCAGCCCAUGUGCGCCGGCCCCGACACCAUCCGCGAGAGAUCGUUCAAGGAUUUCCACAGCACUGCCCUUUCUUUUUACUUUACCUGCAAAAAACCCAAAAUCCGUGAAAAGAAGCUGCAGCAUCUGCUCGUGGACGAAGGGCAGACAGUCCAGCUCGAAUGCAGCGCGGACGGAGACCCUCAGCCUGUCAUUUCCUGGGUGACGCCGCGGAGGCGUUUUAUCACUGCCAAGUCCAACGGAAGAGCCACCGUGUUGGGCGACGGCACCUUGGAAAUCCGCUUUGCCCAGGAUCAAGACAGCGGGAUGUACGUUUGCAUCGCCAGCAACGCGGCGGGGAAUGACACCUACACGGCCUCUUUAACGGUGAAAGGCUUCACCUCAGACCGCUUCCUUUAUGCCAACAGGACCCCUAUGUACAUGACAGACUCCAACGACACCAUGUCCAACGGCACCAAUGCCAACACUUUCUCCCUGGACCUCAAAACAAUACUGGUGUCUACGGCCAUGGGCUGUUUCACAUUCCUGGGAGUGGUUUUAUUUUGUUUUCUCCUCCUGUUUGUGUGGAGCCGAGGGAAAGGCAAGCAUAAAAACAGCAUUGACCUCGAGUAUGUGCCCCGAAAAAACAAUGGUGCUGUUGUGGAAGGGGAGGUGGCUGGACCCAGAAGGUUCAACAUGAAAAUGAUCUGAGGGUCUAGCACUCACGCUGUUGU